AUGGCUAGUUUAACAUUGAAUGACUUUAUAAGUCAAUUACUGGAUUAUCAUGGUAAAGAAACAAUGACAUCAAAAGAAUCAUCAAACUUACAAAUCAUAAUAGUUGAAUUGUUAAUUGAUAAUACCAUUUCAGAUUUUAAAUUAUUCAAAUUCUUAUCAAGAUAUCUUACAUUGCAAUUCUAUAAUGAAAUAAUAGAAGAAAGGAAUAUAGAACAUAAAUGUGGUUAUUUCAUGUGUAACAAUACUAAUUCAAAUCAAUUAUAUAAUCGAAAACCAUCAAUGGUUUUACCAAUGACUUGGAAAAAUAAAUAUUGUUGUAAAGAACAUUAUCAGAGUUCAAUCUUUUAUGAAAAACAAUUAGGAAAUGAAAUGAUAAUGUUAAGAGAUGGUAUAUUCACCACUGAACCAUUUCCUGAGAAUAAACCAUUAUAUUACGAAAAUAAUAUAACUUGUCUUGAAGAAAUUAUAAAUGAACAAAAUAAGACUGGAAAAUCACUAAGUGAAAUAAUUGAAUUAAUGAGUGGUUUAACAAUUGAGAAAAAAGAUAAUACUGGUGAGCUAAUAAAAUUAGUUGAAGACUUUGAACUUGUGGAAAAGAAUCCAGAGGAAGAAGAAGUAGAAGAAGAAGAAGAAGAGAAUGAAGAGUAUAUAACAACGGAUAAAAGUUUUGGUGGAUAUGUGGUUUAG